CGCGGAGGGGGUGGUCUUGUCCUGAGCCCUAGUUUGUCCACAUCAGCUCCCAUUAAACCCGCCUUUACGCGCGUAACUCGCCCACCACUAGCCUUUGCGCCGAGGACCUCACUCCCGGCAAGUUUUCAAAGUCCUCCCGAAAUCCCCUCUCUUCUGAACUUUCCGAGGCGCAGACCUCCGCUGAACGGAACUGGAACUUUCGAAAGAUGCCUGCUCCAUGACAAAUCAGUUUAGGGGCGCGGCCAUCCCCCUCCCCCGCCUCCCCGCCGUGCGGUCAACGCAGUUGCAGAACCGCAAACGCACGGCGACGCCACUGGCUGCUGGCACUGACCUCUCGGGCGAGGCCAAAUGCGCACGCGGAGGCCAGAGCCCCAGCCCCUCGACGGUGGGGUAAAAGACCGAGACAGGGCUCGUCCCAGGAACUUGGGACUGAUUUGAGAAGCUCCAGGCAGGCCUCGCCGGAAUCCAGGUGGAAAACCGGAAGAGUAGGGGAUGGAGGGCGGAGGGUUCACUGGGAGCGGCGGGGAGACGGCGCUGGUCUGGGGCUGCAGCGGCACCGGCGAGUGUGGGCUUUGCAAAGACGCGAACUUGCCAGCUUUGCUUUUCUAGGCCACUGCCCUCCCUUCACAAGGCAGACAUGACUAAUUUCCAGCACAGUGACCUGCGCUAAGGGUUCAUACGCACUCCUCAGGCCCCUCCUUAGGCGCGCCCCCCUCUCUUGCCCCUCUCCCCUUGCCCACGCGCCCCAGGGUAGGGGCCUGGUGUGAAUACCACCUCUGAAGUGAAUCUGCACCCGAAGGCUUCCUUCUGACUCCUGGGCAAGCCGGCCCCAGUGAGUUCAGCCUUCACACGUCUCUGCCUUUUCCCAAGAAGAGCAGGAAAUGGCCAAGUCCCAGGAACUCGUGGCAUUUGAGGAUGUGCUUGUGGAUUUCACCCCAGAAGAGUGGCAGUACCUGAACUCAUCACAGAAGACUCUGUACAGAGAAGUGAUGCUGGAGACCUACGGCAACCUGGUCUCUGUGGGGCAGCAGGAUACCAAACCAGAUCUCAUCCUCAAAUUGGAGUUAGAAGGUCCAUGCCUGGCAGAAAGAAAAAUCUCAGUUUGGAGCUUUCCAGAAGCCUGUCAAGUUGAUGAACAGAUUGAGAGACAGCACCAAGUUGACCAAGAUAGAUAUUUGUUGAUGCAAGUUGGAUUCCCUGACAAAACAAUUAUCACCAAGACUGGCUAUGACUACAAUGAAUUUGGAAAUGCAUUUCAUCUGAAUACAAACCUUGUUGCUUCAAUACAAAGAUCCCAUAAACAUGAGUCAUUUGGAAAUAGUAUGGUAGAUAAUUUAGACCUAUUUACCAGAAGCUCUGUAGGAAAGAAACAUGAUAAUGGAUGUGCAAAAUUAUUCUUCCAUACCGAAUAUGAGAAAACAACUCCUGGAGUAAAACCCCAUGGAUAUAGAGAGUAUGGGAAAGCCCUCAGGCGAAAGAAAGGUCUUAGUCUACAAGAGAGAAUUAAAAAUGGAGAGAAACCCUUUGAAUGCACCGCGUGUAGGAAAACCUUCAGCAAGAAGUCACACCUCAUUGUACAUUGGAGAACUCAUACAGGAGAGAAACCUUUUGGAUGUACUGAAUGUGGAAAAGCCUUUAGCCAAAAAUCUCAGCUCAUUAUACACUUGAGAAGUCAUACAGGAGAGCGACCUUUUGAGUGUCCAGAAUGUGGAAAAGCCUUCAGAGAAAAGUCAACUGUCAUAAUACAUUACAGGACUCAUACAGGAGAGAAACCUUAUGAAUGUAAUGAAUGUGGAAAAGCCUUCACUCAGAAGUCAAACCUCAUUGUCCAUCAGAAAACCCACACAGGAGAGAAAACUUACGAAUGCACUAAAUGUGGGGAAUCUUUCAUACAGAAGCUUGAUCUAAUUAUACAUCAUAGUACGCAUACAGGAAAAAAACCCCAUGAAUGUAAUGAGUGUAAGAAAACUUUCAGUGAUAAGUCAACCCUCAUUAUACAUCAAAGAACUCACACGGGGGAGAAACCUCAUAAGUGUACUGAAUGUGGGAAGUCUUUCAAUGAGAAGUCAACCCUCAUCGUGCAUCAGCGAACUCAUACAGGAGAGAAACCCUAUGAAUGUGACGUGUGUGGGAAAACCUUCACCCAAAAAUCAAACCUUGGUGUACAUCAGAGAACUCAUUCAGGAGAGAAACCUUUUGAAUGUAAUGAAUGUGAGAAAGCAUUCUCUCAGAAAUCCUAUCUCAUGCUCCACCAGAGAGGUCAUACAGGAGAGAAGCCCUAUGAAUGCAGUGAAUGUGAAAAAGCAUUUUCCCAGAAAUCAUACCUCAUUAUACAUCAAAGAACUCAUACGGAAGAAAAACCCUACAAAUGUAACGAAUGUGGCAAAGCCUUCAGAGAAAAAUCUAAGCUCAUUAUACAUCAGAGAAUUCACACAGGAGAGAAACCCUAUGAAUGUCCUGUAUGUUGGAAAGCUUUUAGCCAAAAGUCUCAGCUCAUAAUACAUCAGCGAACACACACAGGAGAGAAACCCUAUGCAUGCACCGAGUGUGGCAAAGCCUUCAGAGAAAAAUCCACGUUCACUGUACACCAGAGAACUCAUACUGGAGAGAAACCCUACAAGUGUACAGAAUGUGGAAAAGCCUUUACCCAAAAAUCAAACCUUAUUGUGCAUCAGAGAACACACACAGGAAAGAAGGCCCAUGGGAAAGGCCACAGCCGUAAGUCAAAGCUCAUUGCACAUUAGAGAGUAGGAUCAAGGGUGCCUGUUUACGUUCACUGAGGGAAAGUUUUGUCCAUUGAAUUAACACUUCAAAAGUACAUUCUGACUUCUGGUUCAAAUACAGGGAGUAAAAGUCAGCCUCUCUUCUUUUUAGCUCAGUCUUCACCAAAACACUACAAGGAGCAAAAGCAAAAGUGUAAUCUCUAAUGUGACACAAUGAGAAGAUAGCCGAAAUCCCGAUGAGAGAACUGCCAGAGGCAGAGGAGAUUGAGCACCGGGGCAGGAGACGUCAAAGGGAACACUCAGGGCUGCAGCUGUGAGACAGCACUGGUGAGGACACUUAGUAGAGGUUCAGGAUAGCCUCUGAGUGCAAGGCCAACCACCAUCCACAGCAGUACCAGCUGGCAUGGGCAGGAAGGAGGUAGGAGGUCUCUUAGACCCAUUUGGGGGUCCAAGGAGAGGCCUCGACAAGGGAUUGCUCAGACAAGCCAUAUUUGUAGAAAGUAGUCUGUACUCAUGAGCAGAGCACUUGGCAGGGGCUAGGGUGAGAGAAGGGGAGUGUUCCUUCUGAAGAACCCUACAGCUGCCCAGUUUACUGACUCUUAGAGGUCAACUCUAAAAGAAAUACCAAAUGGAAAAAGAAAAAAAAAAGCAAUUUUAAGAAAAACUUAUCCGCCUAGAAUGUGGCCCUGGUUUCUUACCCCACAUGAACCUCCAGGAAGCAGCAAGUCCAGGAAAAACUCUUACUUAAAAACUAUUCUGAAGUAAUGAAAACCACAAAUGCAAUUCCACGUCUGGAAAUGUAUAUACUCAUGCACGUACAAAAUGAUGAAUGCACAUCAGAUACUCACUAGUGCAUGGUUUGUGAGAGCAAAAGGUUGAAAGUUGUCCAGGUGGUAGGGGUCUGGAUCCUGAAAUCCAUUUAAUGCAGCAAACUCCUAGGUAGACAAAGUGAAUAUAUAAAGAGAACUUGGACAUCAAGUGUCCUGAGUGUACUGAUGUGGGAUGAUCUCCAACAUACAUUAUUAUUAGGUGCAAAAAGCAAGGUUCAGGAUGGUGAAUAUAAUAGGCUACUGUUCGUAUAUAAAAAGAAUAGAUGGCAAGUACGUAAUUGAGCAUAUAUGCAUAAAUGAGCUCUGGGAAGUUACAAAAGAAGCUGAGUACCCUGAUUACCUCUGGGGAAGGGGAAGGGAAGUGGGUGGCUUAGGGGUAUGGAACCAGGAGGGAGACAACUGUAUGUCCUUUCAUAACUUUUGAAAAUUGUGCUAUGUGGAUGUACUACCUUUUCAAUGAAUUAAACUUUUAAAAAUGAA